AUGAAGAUUUCAUUUUUUUCGACUUCAAUUAUUGUAUCAGAUAAUAGUUGUCACUCCUAAUUAGCUUAGAGUUUCAUAAAAGCAACCGAAUUGUAAAUUGUAAAAUCUCUAUCAUCUAGUCAUCUUGAUUUAAAAUUGGAAAUUAACCAAUUUAUUCAUUUCUUUGCUGAUCUCAUUCUAAAAUUCUACAAAUCAACCCUUACAAUUGAUGAAGUCAAGAUGCUCAUCAUGGAUGAAUUGUUUGGGAACGAGUCUUUUUAUGAUUUUGUCAAAUAGCAAUAUGACAAAGGAUUACAUGGCAAAAUAAUUGCUUAUCGAACAUAUAUUCAGAUGAAGAGGAGAUCUCGAAACAAACAAGAAAAGGCAGUCGUAAUUCUAUAGAGCAUUGUUACUAAAAGAUCACCAAAGGAAAAACUCAUGGUUUUAGAUAUGGCAGCUCAGCAGUUGACUUAAGAGCUCAAGAAUGUGGAUGCCGAUAAAUUCAAUGAGCUAGUUUUUGAUUUGAUUGUCUAAGCUAAUAUACCUUCAUUCGUAACUGAGAUUAAAAUGAUUCAUCAUUUUGCUGGGGAAAUGUUUACUAGUAAUUCCUUAGGGAGAUAUGGCUAUGUCCUUACUAGUUUUAUGGGAGUUUUAAUGCUAAUACUAUAAAAUUAGUGA